ACCAAAUUGAAAAGGCAAAACUCUUUCCUUUAAGAAGAAGAAACUCUUUCACCUACUUUACACUUAUCCCUUCUUCCUUCUUUGUUUUUCUUUUUCUUGUUUCCUCAUCUUCAAAACAUUGUACUAGUCUCAAUCUCCAACUGUUUUAAAUGGGAAUUUCGAAAAAAUCUCAAGUUAGCAGAGAAUUAGACACCGAUGGAAAAAAGUUUAUCUUCGCCAAAACAUCGAUUCGGGCUUCACUAAAGCCGGUGAAGACGAAACUCAUUAAGCCUGAGAGAGAAUCAGAAGAUGGAAUUUGUAUCACUCCCACGGCGAGAGGAGCAAAGACUCCGGAGUGUCCGGCGGCUCCAAGGAAACGCCCACCGGUGUUGAAAUGUCAGAACAAUAUUCGUAUAGAGUACUUUGUGCCUCCUUCAGAUUUCGAGUUGGUGUUUAUACAACGCCGUUAAUGUAAAAAGAUAUAAAAAGAGUUUCUGAGUUUGGUUUUUAUUUUGUGUGUGUUCUCAAGUCAUAAUCAUUUUUUACAUACUCUUAUGGUUGAUUUGCUUCCCAAGUUAUCUCCAAGGUAACAUAACGACCAACAGUUUCACUCGGACAAAUGAUCUUCACGACUUCCCGAUCCGAUAGGAUCCUUGGAAGCUAACAAAACCCACAAACUAAACAAAUUAUCACCAAG